AUGGAACCGAACGGCGCAUCCUCAACAUCAUCGCCGUUUACAGGCGUCUCUGUCGCGGUCGACGCGUACACUCUGGAUACGGCGACGGCCAUCCGCCGCCUGAAAACAAUCGAGGCGGAUGGCACGCUCACUUACGACGAGCCCAAGCCACCACGGGCUAAGCGUACAGAGGCGCUGGAGAGGAUAUGGAACGAGUACCCCAACGGCCUGCUAGACCUCAAGGAGGAGACGCUGCGGCUCGCGGACCCAUCGACAGAGUACGGCGCGGACAAGGAAGGCGAGGACGACGCUGCAGCCGAGGAACGCGAAAAGGGCGAGCUCAUGACCGCCGAUGAGAUGGAGAACCUCCGUUCAGAGGUGUAUGCCAACUUGAACGAGGCACGUAAUGAGCUCUGGUUCAUCCUCGAGCUCGCCAAGACGCUCGCCGCUGGUGCAAACAUCACCGCCGACCCUCCUCCCGAGCCUAUCCCGUCCGCACCGACAGCCAAGAAGGGCAAACAGCAGCAGACAAAGGGCGUUUCCGUGGCGGCAUCUGCGGCUGGGUCGGUUCCUCCUCCGUCGACAGCCGCUGAGGCAGAGGCCCCAAUCCUCCCCGCGGGCACGUUUAGCACCACUCCGAGUGCGGCACCCGCUCGCUCUGACGUCGAGACUGCCGUGGGUCUCGAGCUCGCCCUGGCGGCUAGGCAACAGGCCCUGGACGACUGUGCAGCUCUCAUCGACGCCGCAGUGGACGAACUGCAGCUCAUGAACAAGGCGAGCGAGCACUGGUCCACCGACGUGCGCGACCUGCGUCUGGGUGACGAAGGCAAGGGCCAAUGGGCCGUAGUCCCCAAGCCAGACUUUGCGCGCACUGGAACCGACGCCAAGGACGUUGUUAUCCCGUACGCUCUGGACGAGGCCCCGCCUGGUCUUCACUCGCGGUCACUCGCAGCCUUCGACCUCGACCCGCGCAAGGCCGACACGCUGGCAUUUGGUUCCCGCUCGUUCCACCGCCUCCGCGUCCUGUACCGCAUGGGCGGGUCUGGCGGUGUUCACUGUGCCAGCACGGCCUACCGUGCCGACGACGAGAGUGAGCGAGGUGUGCGCGCCACCAUCGAGGCGGCUCAGCUCGAGACGAUAGACGAGGACCUUUUCAACGAGCUCCGUGUCGAGGCAGCACGCAUGGACUCGCUCAUUGAGCCCCAAUCCAUCGGACUGCUGGUGGGCCGCAACAAGCUCACGUUCCAAAUGUACGACACGCGCGAGACUCCCAGUCCCAACGCCGAGGUUUCGCCACUGUGCGACGCCGUCCUGUCCUUUGCCCGCAUGGGUCUCCUGCACACUUACCAGCGCAGGAAGCAGCGCCUGGUCGAGCCCCAGCCUCCCUCGGCGCCGACAGCAGGCCAGAACCAGCCAGCACCGGCCCAGCAGUCUCAGCAACCAACCAUCCUCCUCCCCAUCAUCCACCUGUUCCAGUUCCACGCCGCCAUCCGCGGUGUCCGCCCUUCGCUCUCCAACAUCGAGGACAUUCUCGUGGGCGCGGGACUCAACGCGGCCCUCGUCGAGCGCCACUCGGCCGAGGGCAACUCGGACGCCGUUUACGGCCUCCUCGCGGGCCGCGCAAAGGUCGACGUCCUCGGUGCCGUCUUUAGCCUUGAAGUCGCAGGCUGUGCAGGGAUCACAAUCAACGUCACCGCGCCGUCCACCAUCAACGUCUCGACCCCGCGGGCGACAUUUCCCCUGCGCGACCUCGACGCCGUGUCGGGUAUCGUCACGGACGCCCUCUCCUCCCAACUCUCGCGGUUUGCAUACGACACGGUCCUCGCGUCCGCCGACGAAGCGGCCGGCAUCUUCUUUGACGAGCUGGACGGUAUCGUCAUUGCUGGCUCGCUUGGUGCGUUGGACAUUUCCUUGCCGGCGCCGUACACCCACCUCCGCGCCAGCGUCGACAGUGAUGUGAUCGCUCCGUACGACUCGCGUGACGCCGGUCACAGCUUUGUCGACUGGUUGGGUGAUCUGGCACGUGCUGUGCCGGCCAUUGAUGGCGAGGCGUAG